AUGAUCAAUCUUCAAAAAAUUGUGUAUAGCAUCAUACCUGAACGGCGAAAAUCAGAAGAGUCAUCCGACUGCGAGAACCGACUUCUUUACCAUGAAGAAGAUACCGACACCAACAGCCUCCCUCAGCCUGAAGUGAAGUUAAGCAGCGGCAUCAAAUCCACUUCAACCUAUCGAUCAUAUUCAUCAAAUAUCUUCAGAUUUUUUCAUGUCACUCUCACGGUUGUCUUGGCUUUUACCGUGGUGGUUCUGUUUAUCAUGAGGAGAUCCAUGAGUAGCUUAGACCCUCAAAUAACUUACUCGCCGGCCCAAGGCGCAAUUCGGUACACAACUAGGUUAUUUGACAGCGGCCUUAACUAUGGCAAGACAAAAUACCAAGGACCUCCAUCGCAGAAAAAUAAUGAUGCUUGGACUGCACUCUUUAUUCAUGGCUUGACUCGAAUUAGUGCAGCUGAAGCCGCACCGAUGCAUAAUAAAACACUCCCCAUUCCCGAUGAUCCUGAGAACUAUAUCACGUCUCUAGCUGUUUUUCAUCAACUGCAUUGUUUAAACGCUAUUCGUAUGGCUCUCUGGAAUACCUCUCUCAUGCGUGGCGAAGAGGACGAAACUAAUAUGCGGCACCUUGAUCACUGUGUCGAUAUGAUUCGGCAAGCAAUCAUGUGUCACUCAGACAUCUCUCCCUUUGUGUGGGCGCGUGACCCGCGCGAUGGUAAAGCUAAGGGGAUUUCUAGCGUCACGCAUACCUGUCGUGACUUUAAUGCCAUCCAGCAGUGGGCGGCCGAUCGUCCAUUUGUGACGGGAUUUAACACUAGUAAGGUGAUUACAGGCGAUCCACUGGGAUGGGCCGAUUACCAUGUUAUUUUGGACUAUGGAGAAGUAACAGAAUGGGAGAAGCAGGAAUCAGACUAUAAGGCUUGGGCAGCGGGCAAGAAACAGGAGAUGCUUGAAUCAGGUCAGAUCUUUUAUGAAAAUGAUGACCUUUAA